UACUUUGCGUUAAAUCCAAACUUUACGCAUUUAUUUAUUAAAAAGCACAUUUAAAGUGCCUUUUGUUACUGGUAUUGGCGUAUAAGAACAAACUGUGCAAUGGUGGUGUUGAGCUCCUGCUGGUCGCCCAUAAUAUGGUCGGAUAAUGUACGGACAGGUAGCUAUGCUGUGGCGGCCUACACCGCUUCUCUGUCCGCGGUGCUCAUCACGCUGAUUGUUUAUAUGUUGUGUGGCGGCGAGUCUGCGCAGCUUUAUUCACCGCUCUUCGAAACUGAUAUUCGAACUACGAUGCCAGUAUGGGGCAGUUUCUAUAUAAUCUAUUUUAUAUUGAUUAUAAUUGCCUCCUAUUUGGUCUACUAUGGCAUUAAGAUCAACACACGAGGCUGGCUCCUGCCCUGGCUAAUUUUAGUUGGCUUGGCCAUUCUGUUUCAGUUCUGCUGGAGUCUUUGGCUAAUUGGAGGCUAUUAUAUAUAUCUGGAGCAAACAUUCUCGGCGCUGCUGAAUUUUGUCUGGGUCGCCUACAAUGUAUAUUGCUGGCUGGUCGUAUUCUCGCAGUAUCAAAUAUUCUUGGUCUUACAAAACCCCAAUAUUGAGCUUCUAAUGCCAUAGUUCUUGGCAGCUUCAAUUCAAUGCACAAAGAAUGCUCGAAUAUUUUAUAAACCUUUUUUAACAACGAGCCUUACGAUGAACUCACACAAGCAAGUCACUUGAUUAUUUAAUUUCAACAAAAUCCGCUUUCCGUCUUGCAUUUAAAAAGCCAAAUAAGGUCGAGUGUCUAAUAUUAUUCAAUAUUUUUUUACAAAUAUCAACUCUGAAU